CUGUUAUCGCUUUAAUAUAAGCUAUGCAACGACUGGUAAUAUUAUUUUUAUUUACAAUUCUAGUAAUCAAAGGUGAAUUUAAUAAGGAAAACUGUCCGAAUGUAAAAACUCCUUUGGAUUUAGUUAGGAAGAGGCGCCAUCUUGUGUUUCCUGACGGAUCUGACAUAGUGCUCACUGCAUCUAUAGUGAAAGCGAUCAUGACACAUGCUCCUGCUGGUUGGAAUAUUGCUCUGGAGUUAGAUGUACAUUUCCCAUUACCGAAUGCUAAUUUUACCAUGCUCCAGUUAAGAAGGAAAUUACACCAUCGUCAGAAGAAAGACAUAUGGACGAAAAUUGAAAAUGCUCUCAAUUAUCACAAUCUGGACGGUCGAACGUGUGUUCUCAGAAGCAUAUGCGAAGCCAAGGUCUACCUUGCGCCUCCGGGGAAAUCACUGGUUCAUGACAUAUUAAGAGCCAUACUUACAGUGCCAGAAUUUGACAGUGAAUUUGCAGAAGAAAUAAAAGGGUCUUAUGAUGAGCUGCUGACACCAGAUUAUUGUGAACAAUUGAGUAAUUGUCCAUUUUCAUUGUCUCAUUUUUUGAUACCACAAGGAAUGCCAUGAGCAACCAGCUAAUAUUAAACGUAUAUUUUAAUGGUUAUAAAUAAGUGUGUACUUGCAUUUGAAGAAAAAAAAUCUUUCAAAAGUCAUGACUGCAUUGUGCUAGCUAAAUUGUAAGCAUAAAAUAUUUUUUAUUAUCCAA